AUGAUGGUCCAGGCCUACGACCCCGGAACCACGGCGGCCCUAUCUGGGAUUUAUCCAUCAAUCAUGUCCCGCCCACAGGUUAGCAUCGAGAGGUUGCCCACUCGCCGUUUGAGCAACGAACCUCGCGAGUCGAUGAACUGCAAGUCAUGUCGGAAACGCAAGAUUAAAUGUAACCGUCUUCGCCCUGCUUGUGAAGCAUGUCAGGUCUUUCAAUGUCCAUGUAUAUACGAUGCUGUUCCCAAGAAGAGAGGACCGAAGACCGAUGUGUUAGAGGCAUUGCUCAAAAGAGUGGAUGGUCUGGAGGCUCGACUAAAAGACAAAAAGUCUGAGCCCGAGACACCCAUGUCUGAGAAUGCUCCUGCCAAUGCCAAUGACGAACCGUCUUCUGCGAUAUCAACAUCCAACGCAGGCUUGGGUGACAACCCGCCAAACUUCCCGCCGAUAGACACUACUGGUGCUCAAGACGUAGGAGAAUCUGCUCUCUACUCUCCCACGCCGCCAUCUGGGAUAGAACCCGAUGCCCUGCUUGACACGUAUUUCACCCGCUUCAACGCCAAACCAUUCCAUAUCUUGGACGAAUCUACCUUACGGCAACGUCUGCAACUGAAACAGGUUCCCAACUACCUCAUUCACGCCAUUUAUGCCGUGGCCUCGAGGUACACACCGCACCCCGGCGGUUACCAGUCUGCGGUGAGACUCGGCGAGGAAUACACAGCGCAAUCACGAUGCGAAAUCGACACAGACGAGCCAUCCGUCGAUGCCCUCCAGGCUUUGGUUCUCUUGGUGGCGGCUUAUACAGCUGCCGGGAAGGGGAAAAAAGCGUACAUGCUGCUGGCAAAUGCUGUCGGCAUGGCUAUAGCUUUAGAACUUCAUCGAGAAAUGGAUAUCAGUGUGCGGGUCCCGCCCGUUGAGCGAGAGAUGCGGCGGAGACUUUUCUGGACAUGCUACUUGCUUGACCGGUUCAUGGCCUGCGGCUCGAAACGGCCUUCUCUCAUUGGAGACAAGACGAUUAUCUUGCGACUGCCGUGCUGGUCGCCCCAUCCGACCUCAAUGCUUGUGGAGGGUGACUUUUUCCAGAGCAGCUCAAACCUACAGUACCUUCAGGGAAGCGGAAAGAAAUCUCAAGGGAGCAGCGGGAUGCUUAUCGAUAUAAGCCGCAUACUGGGUACGACGAACCGGUACCUAGCAGCUGGGGGUGUGAAGGGCGACUCCCACUUUCCGUGGCAUUCGCUAUCGAACCUCUCCAAGAUACGCCACGAACUCGACGUUUGGGCUUCAGGGACGGAUGAUGUCUUUUCGAGUUUGGAAACCUUGUUCGGCCAGGCAGAUUCCACGGUGCUUGUGCUAAGCAAGCUAAUCUACCACCUAAUCCAUUGCCUUAUAUACCGGCCGUUUCUUCCCAUCGACCUCUCGGAACUUUCCGGAUCGGGGCAACAUCAGUCGUGGCAAAUCGAAGCCACAAAUAUGUGUUUCUUACACGCCAAUGCCAUCGCCGAGCUCGUGGAACUUGGGAAGCAAGCAGCAUCUAUCGAGUGGCCUGCAUUUGUGGGGUACUGUAUCUGCACAGCUGGGACGGUGCAUAUUCACGGCGCUCAUUACACGAGAAAUGGAAGCACGGCCGAAAUGAACGUCUUCAGUUUGUCCACUGACUUCUUGUCGAGGGAGAUGCAACAGCUGAGCGAGUUACGAUACGCCUGGGCAAGUGUUCAGCACCAGAGGGAAACACUUCAGGGGAUCUAUCAAGCCCACUCGGAGCUUGUUAAGAGCCUGGCAAAUGAUUCGAUUCGGUAUUCGCCAGUUUUUCACCUGGACGAUUUCUUCGACCGUUAUUCCAGUAUCGGUGGCCCUGGGGGGCAAACUUUCAGCUUUGACGCCGCAAACCUAAGCCUUUCUGAUGUCGUCGUCGACUUCGCCACAGAUGCAUACACUGGUCACGACCUUUACGCUCCCCGCCUCAGUGGCACUGACUCUGGCAAUAGCCGGCUAGGCCUUAAACGAAAGAGCACGGGUCCUACUGGGCGGAAGAGGCCUGAUUUCAAGGGUCUCUCAUUCUCGAGAAGCAGCUUGAACACGAUAUCCGACCCAGGUCCUCCAGCACCUUCACAUAACCACCGCCACUCUUUCUCGAUGUCAUCCCAAUCGUCUUCUUCAAUACUACACACACCGGCAUCCCUCACAUCUCACCACGACACACAUCAACAGCGGCAACGGCCGGGAGCGACCCGGCCAACAAACGCGACAGGGGCUAUCACCGCGGGUCCGUCUAUCGCAGCCAAGCCACAUGCGCACUUGAAUGGCUCAGGUCAAGGUAUCUCGAGCAACUUACUUGGUGCAUCAUUGAGUCCGGCAUUCAACUUCGCGCAGCUUCGACCCUCAACACCAGGCCCAAGCGGCUCGCAAGGCUAUGACCCCAUGUUUGGAGACGUACCGACAAACGCCUUUUCGAGCCCAACCCCCUGGCAUGGCAAUGAUGAUGGAAGUGCCAGACCACCAGAUUCAGUAUCAAGUCCUAGGAGCAAUGGACCAGGAGAGGAGAAGGAUCCUUUCCUCAGCCUUCUUGAACAACUGGCCGAGAACGAGUCAUCAAUGGGCCUAGAGAGUGAGCUAGACUUUUUUUUAGCGGGAGCUCCGAAUACCGGCUAGGACACACCUUCCGGGCUGGUAUUCCCAGUUUGACUAGAAAUUAUCGGUCCCUAGAGCCAACCGCUCUGGAAAACUAGUAUAUGCGCUUCAUCCAGAUCACCGCCAGACAGGAACGUUUUUAUGUAAUGUCAUAAACGCUCUAGCCUCCCCCGUCUGGGAGCCAUGGCAUGAGACAGGGAGGGUGUAGAAUUUGGAU